CAACCGGGAGCUCUUGGAACACCAGUGACGCACAGAUCUCACACAUUGGCACAUCUUCACCAAGUAGGAGAAGUACCCCGAUAUGUUCAGAUUCAUUGUUCUUGCAACUUGCUUUGCCGCUCUUGCGUCAGCCGGAGUAGCAAAAAAGAAGAUUGUAGUCCGUGAACCUGAAGCUCAAGGUACCCACCUCGGUGAAGUCAGUGUGGGUCUGGGGGGCGGACUGGGAGGAGGUCACUCCAAGACUUACGCCUCUGGAGCUGAGCUUACCAGUUUGGCCCACACCUCGGCCCUACAAGCCAAAGCAGCCGUCCAGGGGCAGAGCACCGCGGGAAGCCAGGCCGCCUUCGGUGCCAAGAGCAGCCUUGCCCAGGCCGCUUUAGGCGCCGCCGCCACCGCCCAGGCCGCCCUCGUCGGCAAGCAAGUCAUCGUCCAAGGCCUCGAGCAGCAGCUCCAGGACGCCGAGCACCAGCUCCAGGCUGAGGUGGCCCAGUACCAGCAAACCGAGCAGGCCGCCCAGGCCGCCCAGGAGGCCGCCCAGCAGUCCCAGCAGCAGGUCAACGCCCUGACCGCCGCCCUCGCCGCUUCGCAGGGCGGAGCGUCCCAGGCUGCCAAGGCCGCCGCUGAGGCUGCCGGAGCUGCUGCCGCGCAGCACGCCAUGAUUCAGGAAGCCAAACAGAGGGUUGCCCAUUUGUCCGAACAACUCCACAACGCUCUUGCCGGUCUGCAGGAGACCGAAGUCGCUGCCCAGAAGGCUGCCGCUGCGGCUCACAUCGCGCAGUCCAACGCUGCUGCUGCUGCCAACGCUGUCGCCAGCAGCGCAGCCCAGACCGAACAGUUCUCUGGACACGAAUUCGUUGGAGGCAUCGAUGAAGGAUACCACCACUAGGGACGAGGGGGUCACUCAUUGUAUAUAUCAUUGUCAUGUAUGGAAGUCUUUGUAGUUGUGAUUAAUAAAAUUUAUUUAAAAUA